AUUCCCCUAACUACGUUCUCCCUAUCUCUCUCCUUCGUCCUCCUCCCCUUCUUUCUCUCUCUCUUUGCAUCUUCCUUUCCCCUUUACAACCAGUAUUAGAUUUUCUCGAUCUCCUUUCUUCGUUUCUCCGUUUUGUCUCCUGCCGUCUCCGGAUCAAGAUUCGUCUCUUUGUUCUUAGAUCAAAUAAUUAGAGAUUGAGCUAAUGCUUGAAGGUUAGUGGCUGAAACGGCAGUCUAAAUCUGAAAUUUGUAAGUUUUGAUUCGAUUAAUGCUUGACAUACAUGGAUCUGGUAGACUGGCAAGAAACACAUGAGUUCUGUUGAUAAUGCUGCUUAUUCAUCUUCUCACAUAGUUAAUCUUAGCAUCAUCCAGUAUUAUUUCAGUAAUAGCUUCUAGAAAUAAUUCUCAGAAGGUAGCUUUUAGACUAUCAGAGGAUCCUUUGUAUCCAUGCUGGCAGAGAGCAUGCGUGGAAUCUGUGUUUCGGGUAAUGCCCCUGACUAGAUAUUCUGCCGAAGCUUUUGGUGUGUUGACAAUAUGUCUGGUUGCGCUGUUGAUUCUUCUUGGUUUGGUGUGCAUUGCAUACUCGUUUUACUUACGUUCACGUGUUCUUAGACAAGGAUUUAUUCAGCUCAGUUAUUUCAGUGGUCCGUGGAUCAUCCGAAUCACAUUCAUUUUGUUCGCCAUCUGGUGGGGUUUUGGUGAAAUUAUACGGCUAAAUUUUCUAAGACGGCAAGGAAGAGUGUUGAAUGCAGUCAAUUUGAAAUGGCAAGAAAACAUUUGCAAAUGUUACAUUGUCUCAAAUUUAGGUUUUGCGGAACCUUGCCUCUUCCUCAGUCUUGUGUUUCUUCUUCGUGCACCUUUACAGAACAUGGACACAGGAAUUCUAAGCAGAAAAUGGAAUGGGAAAACGGCAGGCUAUGUUCUUCUCUACUGCCUCCCUGUGUUUGUUCUUCAACUUAUUCUUAUUUUGAUUGGACCGGACUUACACAAAUAUAGGAGAGAAUUACUGCCAUAUUUCACAAGAACAGCUGCUCCAGUGAUUCCAAAUUCUGACAACAUCACACUUUGCACUUACCCUUUACUGAAUACUAUCCUUCUUGGGCUUUUUGCCGCCGUCUUGACUGCCUACUUGUUUUGGCUUGGAAGGCGGAUUUUGAAAUUGGUUAUCAACAAGGGUUUGCAGAAGAGAGUUUACACAUUAAUUUUCUCCGUUUCAAUUUUCCUUCCAUUAAGGGUUCUUUUACUUGGUUUAUCUGUUUUAUCUAAACCAGAGCAAUUUCUGUUUGAAGCUCUUGCAUUCUCAGCUUUUCUAGUCCUACUAUGUUGUGCUGGGGUCUGUAUUUGCGUACUUGUAUACUGCCCAGUUAGGGAUUGUCUAGCCCUGGGGAAUCUUCAUGACUUGGAGGCUAGGAGAAGGGUUGUUUUUGCUGAUCAGAAUGACACUGUUUCUCUUAUCGCUAAUCAGAGCCAUCUUGAAGGAAGUUUUGGGAUUAGCCCUGAGAGGAAUUCUGAUGCCUCUACCAAGCGUGGAUCAAUUUCUUUUCGCACUUAUGAAAAAGAGGGAACCUCGGUUGGGGAAUUCGUGGAACUGAGCCUCUUCUCUCCUAGCCGAGAUGUAACCCCACCAGGAUCACCUCCUCUUUUGGGCUGGCCAAUGCGGCCGUCAAAACAUGGUCAUGGACCCUAAGAGUAAGCAAGAAACUGAGGUAGUUGUGGUGAACAUCAAUUUUGUGGUAAAGAAAACUGAUUGUAAAGGUUUUAGCUUCAAUAAGGAUUUUUAUUCUUGGUUUGUUUUUCUAAUUUUAGAUAUGAUGGUUUUUGCUUGAUGGAAUUUAUAAUUCGAAUCCCCCUUUGUAACUUUUUUAUAACCAUUUUUAAUUUCCGUCUAUGCUUUAAAAUUUUAAAAAAAUAUACAAGUGAAAUUUGUGGUAUGACACGUAAU